AUGGGUACGAUUGCGUACACCAGCUCGCUAGAGGCGAAGGUGCGCGAGCUGGAACGCCUCCUGCGCCGCUCCAAUGCAUCACCGGGGGACUCCGCGGAACCCUCGGAGCAGGCGGAGGACUACAUCGAAACGAUGGUCGACGCCCCGAGCAACGGCGGCUCACCGGACGGCCCCUCGAGUGCUUCAGACGAGCACUCGGGGUUCGGUGGGCAAAGCCUCCUCCGCCGACUGCACGCCUUGUGUGAGCACGCGCGGGAGAACGUCGUCUUCAGCGACCCGCCGGACAGCCGUCCACGGUCCAGCAACGACGACCUCACCGCCGCGUUCGACGUCGCCCCGCCGGAGACCCGCUCCUCCAUAUCCUGGGACGCCUACGCGAUGCUGCCAUCGCCGCAGAACAUCUCUCAUGCCAUUGGGACCGUCACGCGCUCGGCCUGCUGUAGCAUGCAGUUCCUGGACGGCGGGGCUCUGCAAGGGCUGACCGACAAGGCUUACGAGGCCGUGGAUUCCGGAUCGCUGGAGCCGUGUCGCAAGGAGCUCGGCUUGCUGUUCGCCGUCCUGGCUCUGGCGCGCCGCUUCGACACGAGCUGGUCCGCUCCGGUCAGGGAAAACGAUGUCGCCACGGCAUAUGGUGCCCGGUAUUUCCGCGCCAGUCGAGCGCUCCUCAACCCCUCCGACUGCCAGGACUUGGUGUCGAUCCGCACUCUGCUCUGCAUGGUCAUCUACACGCAGAGCUGUUCCAUGCUGUCGGCGUGCUAUUCCUACAUCUGCAUGGCCGUCGCGGCUACCCUGCAGAUGGGUCUGCUCGACGCCCCUCUUUCCGCGGACUCGCAGGACCGAGCGCAGGCAAGCACCCUCAUUCCUGUUCUCGCGACCAUGGACACGUCCGUGACCGAGUCUCUGGGCCUUCCGCGCACGCUCAGGGACAUUGACACGGUCGCGUUGAUCUCGUUGGGCCGCGGAGACCAAUUCGAGAGUGCGACGGAUGGGCACGCCCAGCUAAUGCGCAUACUCGCGGAGAUAGUGGAGACGAACCACCCGCCGUGCAAGCGCGUCCCGUACAACAAUGGCUUCUACGGCGUCCGGCACAGCAACAUUGUCGAGGCCGAGAAGAAGUUGACCGCGUGGUCUGAGUGCAUGGAGCGGUCUUACGCUUCCGUUGUCAUCGUUGACGAGGGAUUCCUACGGUGCCAAUCGCUGCUGCGGCUCUACCACGCACAUGUGCAACUAGUGCUCUACCGGCCCUUUCUACACCACGCCUUGAAGCGCGCGCGGCAGAACGACGACCUCAGUCAGAAGGCCUACGCGUGCGGCGACGCCUGCAUCAAAGCCGCUCUGCAGGUGGUGGCGCUGGUCGAGAAGAUGGAGGCGGACGGCGUCAUGAAUACCGCCCACUGGUACCUCAACCUGAUCGUCGCCCACGCCGCCGCGUGCCUCGUCCUCUUCACCACCAGCGCCUCGCAAUCGCCCACAGUGUACGAGACAGGCGACGCCGUCCGCCGGCUCAAGGAAUUCUGCAGCCGCCACGCCAGCAGCGAGUCCUCCCUCCAGCGCUGUCUGACCUUUCUCGAGGCCUACUCCCCGGGCGAGCCGUCCAUGGAUCUCGCGAACUUGAACGAGCUGCAGAGCGGCUUCGAGCCGAACCUAUCUCUGUUCAGCAGCGCGUUCAAUGGCCUGGACGAUUUCAUGCUGAAUGGUGGCAGCGGCGGCAUGGGCGGCGGCGGGAUGGCGUAUGAGGACCACGUGCAAGCGCUUUCGCUGCCGGGGUUCCACUCGUUCGUGCACUCCCACUUCUAG